CGGACUGGGAGAGAAGCGCAACUUUGCAGAUUACUCAGGGAUUCCUACGAUUUAAGUGGCAGAAAGGUCAGAAAAGGUCAGAAACGGUGAGAAACGGUGAGAAAAGGUGAGAAAAGGUGAGAAAGGCAGGAAGUGGAAAGAAGUCAUGAAUAACGACUAUAGCCUUAUGAUUCUUUACUACGAUUCCUCUCUCCAUCAUGAGAGAAGGAAUGAUUGGACCAAUUGGAGAUGCUCCCACUCUAAGGUACGACAUCCUCAGAUCCAUCAUCCAUCAUCCACCAUCCACCAUCCACCAGAUCCAUCAAUCACGAUAGUCCGUCAGUACCAGCGCUGAGUACAUAUCGAUGGUUCAGCAACGUACAGAUAUAUAUGGGUCAACACGACACAGCAUCAGCUUCAAUAUAAAAUUGACACCAAACACCACAUCAACUUCUUUCCCAUUUGCACUUGGCCCGUCUAACUAUCAAAAGAGUCAAAAAUCAAUCGAAUCGAGUCAGGAUCAAUUGAUCAAAUGAAUAGCUGGUGUUAGGUACUUCAGUUAACUUGAAGAAAUACUCAACCUUUUUCUUCCCUCACUUCUUUCACUACUUUCCCUUCUUUUUUACUUUUCUUCCCCUUCCCUUACUGAUAUCUGUCUACACCUUUUAUUGUGUGGAUUGGAAGCUAUUAUUCAUCCAUUACUUCAUUUUUCCAUUCAUUCCAAAUCAUCCACGCGUUGAUUGAGCUUUCAUCUCUCUCAUCUUCCUUAACGUCCAAUCAAAACUCAUAUUCCGACUCGGUUGAGGCAUCUUCUCCAUACUAGUUUUCCCAUAUUUCUUCUCCCCCAUCCAACUUUCAAUUCAUUACACUACUAUUCCCUACAUAUAUCUACUGGUACUAUACGCGAUUCCACCUGGGCAAUACUACUAGUCUUCUACUAUCUUUUAUACUUUCGUCCGUCGAUAUUCAAAUCCAUCAAAAAAUCCACUUCUGCCCUAAAUCUGCUGCAAGACAUAGUUCCGACGGUUGAUUUGUUCUCGAGUCAGUCUUGUGGGGUGAAUCUUUCUAAUCUCAUACUACCGGAUACUCUCCCCGAAUCUUUCCAUGAUUCGCUUCUGUUCUCGUACAAAAUUGGUUGCCAAUUUGAUCCCCCCCUCCAUCUCCAUCUCUCUCGAACAAAGGCAUCAAUCAAUUGCCACAAUUGCAAAGAUGUCAGAUUCUAAGAUCUUGAUUUAUCUCAUGCGUCGGGACCUACGAGUGGCCGAUAACCCAGUCCUCCAUUCUCUCAUUCAUAACAAGGAUCAUGGUUUUACCCAUCUUCUCCCACUCUAUGUUUUUGCCGCACAACAAAUCGAGGUCUCAGGAUUUAUUCCUGAGGAUGGAGGCAAGAGUCCCUAUCCCGAGGCUAGAAGUCAAAUCGGCUCGUUCUGGAGAUGUGGUCCUCACAGAGCGAAGUUUUUGGCGCAAAGUGUUUGGGAUUUGAAAGAUGGUUUUGAGAAGAUUGGGAGUGGAUUGUCCAUCCGGGUGGGAAUGGUUGACGAAGUAGUGAAAGGAUUAAUCGAAAGUUUUGAAGAACCAGCCGGCAGCAAGGUUUCUGCAGUGUGGAUGACUUCCGAAGAGGGAGUCGAGGAAAAGCGAGAAGAGCGCUCAACGAAGAACAUUUGCGAUAAGGCAGGCGUUGACUUCAAAUUGUGGCAAGAUGAGAAAUAUUUUAUCGAUGAGUACGUUCUUACAUUCAUUUCGAUCCCCUGAGAUGUACUGACUUCAAUACAGUCGAGAUCUUCCAUUCGAAGACCCAAAAGACCUCUCCGACAUCUACACGACUUAUCGCAAAAGUGUUGAACCCCUUCGCGAAGCGCCACGCCCAGCUUUACCAAAGCCAGAAAAGAAUUCGUUGCCACCUUUCCCUACCGAUGUCCCACCCCAGCAUUCUCCAUUCGUGAUUCCAACAAAGUAUGAGGAGAUAGAGGCAGCGCUUCUCAAGCUAAUCAAUGCGCAACCCCUAGCCAAAAAUCCACCCAAGUGCCCCGAGAAUGCCCUCUCGGUACAUCCUUUUACAGGUGGUGAAUCUCAUGCGCAAGAACGACUCGAACACUUAAUCACUUCUGGCUCAAUCACUGGUUAUAAAUCCAGUCGCAAUGGUCUUAUGGGUACCGAUUUCUCCACAAAACUUUCAGCAUACCUCGCUCUUGGUUCAAUCACUUCGCGUCAAAUCCAUGCCUCAAUGUCUGUCUUCGAAGACGGAUCCGCUUCCGAUGAUAGGUACAAAGACCUAAAGGGGUAUGGAAAAGGCGAAAAUGAAGGCACAUACGCUGUACGAUUUGAGCUUCUCUGGAGAGACUAUAUGCGUCUCUGCACUCGUAAAUUUGGGCCCCAGCUCUUCCGUUUGGGUGGAUUCAAAGCUGAGGAAAAUGCACAUUUAAAAUGGAGCAGGCUAGAUUCGCCAAAAGAUGGUUUCUCAAAAGAGCAGAUUCAAGAAAUUGUUGAAAGAUUUCUAAACGGUACAACUGGAAUGGGGUUCAUUGAUGCUUCGCAGAGGGAAAUCUAUCAUACGGGAUAUACAAGCAACCGCGCACGCCAAAAUGUCGCUUCGUUUCUCUCUAAACAUCUCUAUAUUGAUUGGAGAGUCGGCGCAGAAUGGUACGAGUGUAUGCUGGUUGAUUACGAUGUCAGCUCAAAUUGGGGUAAUUGGCAAUAUGUCGCAGGAGUGGGCAACGACCCUCGAGGUAACGACCGUAUCUUCAAUCCUGUCAAACAAGCUUUCGACUACGAUCCGAAGGCUGAAUAUGUUCUCGCUUGGGUUGAUGAAUUACGAGGCGUAGAUGAGUUAGGUCAAAUUUUCCAGGCUUGGACUAUUAAUGAUGAAGAGAGAAAAGAAGAGUUGGGUAUUGCCGAUACGGAUAUGGUUAAAAACCCAUUGAAGAGAAUUGAUUUCAAGGUCAAUAGAGGUAGGGGUGGGGGAGUUGGAGGUGGAAGAGGUGGCGGUAGAGGUAGACCCCCUUAUCGACCACAUAGUGGAGAUAGAUGGACGGGUAGAAGACCUAGUUCUCAAGAUCAAGGACGAGGCGGUUGGUAUGGUGGAAGAGGUGAUCGAGGCUACCAAACCCGAGGAUAUCAAGGGAGAGGAUAUAGAGGCAGAGGUGACCGGGGAAGAGAGAUGAGAACGGGCAUGAUGGAUAAGGAGAGAGAUGCUACUGCAGAUAACGAGUAAGCAAACGUUUCAAUUUAUGGCUUACGUUUUACGAUUGCGCAACGGGACACGAGACCGAUACGAAGACGAAUGCACGAAGACAUAAACAUGAUAAUGUAAUGGGGAAAUUAUUGAACUGGCAGCAGUAAUUAUGGUUUGGAACUCUGGCAAAUCGGAACGGUGAUGGUGGCUUAUAUCCUGGGAUGGUGGGAACGGGUAGGAUGGGAAUAUCUGCAUUUUUGACUUUCAUUAUGUUGUGGUAAGAUGAGAAUUCACAGAAUGACUGGUUUGGAGGGAUAAUGGGAGGGCUGGGAUCACCGGUGGACGUAUAUAAACUUGCAAGCAAUUG